CUCAACGACAACAAUAUGAACGGCAGGACUUCAACUCCUUGUUAAUCGAUAACUGUCACGGUAAUAGUGGUAACUAACAACACAUGUACACACUCAGUGUAAUAUAGACGAUCAGCCACUAUAGCUGACAGCUGGUUAAAAUACCGUCCAAGUUAAAGAAGAGAUUUCAAGUUAAGAAUUGACAAAGCUUACAAGUCACCAUGACAUCAGGAAAUUCCGAAAAUGAAGAAGUGACCAAGACUAUAAGAGACUGUGUUGAAGACGUGGACAGAGAAAGUGAUGAUGAUGAUGACCAAACUAGAUUGAAAACCAUUACAACAUCAGAACAUGGAAAUUACGAAAAUAAAGAAGUGGCCAAGAUGUUUAGAGAGUUUGUUGAAAUGUUUAAACGCAUGAACAGAGAAAAUGUAUCUACAGGGCCAACGACACCGGAUGAUGAUGACCAAACUAAAAGGAAAACCAGUACAACAUCAGAAGAUGAUGAGUCUUCACAACGAUCAUCGAUUCCGUUACAAGAAAAUUCUGAGAGUACACCCGAACAAGGACCUUACGGAAAACUGGUUAAGAUGUUCGAAGAUGUGGCUCGUCUGUAUGAAGACCUGGACAAGGAAAGUCCAUCAACAGGGCUAACGAAACGUAUGUGUUUGUAUGAUCUCAAGAAUUCUCCAUAUCUACGAGGCAUCCUACAAUCAUCCACUGACUAAUAAGUGGUUACGUUUAUGAUGCACGACAUUUACUUUAGUACGUUCUUCUGUGAUGAAUUCAUUUGAACGUAAGGCUGUAAUGAAUUAAUUUGAUUAUAAGGCUGCGAUAAACACAACCAAUUAUGGUGUUAACACCGGAGAUCAGGAGUAGAAGCCAAGGUUAGAUUGUUAGAUUAAAUCUGCUUUCUUUGAUGAAAUAAGUUUUCAAAUGCUUAAUACAUAACCGUGUGAUCAGAUUGUAAACUUUACUGACUUAAAUAUAGCAAAUGAAGUUCGCAAAAAGAAAAGGUUUCCGGGAAUGAUUACAACGGGUCAUCAUCGAGUUCAGAAUGCUGUCAUUUUAAUCGUUGUUUUUGUUUCUUCUUGAAGUGCUACUCUAUUGUUGGUCGCAGCAUGUGGAAGACUUUCUGUAUUCUCAGUGGAUUGGGAUUUUGAUUUGACUAUUACUGUGUAUAGUUUGUUCUGUAAUGGUAAGUGUUAACUUCAAGUGCUACUCUGUUGUUGGUCGCAGCAUAUGAAUGACUUUCUGUAUUCUCAGUGGAUUGGGAUUUUGAUUUGACUAUUACUGUGUAUAGGUUGUUCUGUAAUGGUAAGUGUUAACUUGAAGUGCUACUCUGUUGUUGGUCGCAGCAUAAGAAUGACUUUCUGUAUUCUCAGUGGAUUGGGAUUUUGAUUUGACUAUUACUGUGUAUAGGUUGUUCUGUAAUGGUAAGUGUUAACUUGAAGUGCUACUCUGUUGUUGGUCGCAGCAUAAGAAUGACUUUCUGUAUUCUCAGUGGAUUGGGAUUUUGAUUUGACUAUUACUGUGUAUAGGUUGUUCUGUAAUGGUAAGUGUUAACUUGAAAUGCUACUCUGUUGUUGGUCGCAGCAUAUGGAUGACUUUCUGUAUUCUCAGUGGAUUGGGAUUUUGAUUUGACUAUUACUGUGUAUAGGUUGUUCUGUAAUGGUAAGUGUUAACUUGAAGUGCUACUCUGUUGUUGGUCGCAGCAUAAGAAUGACUUUCUGUAUUCUCAGUGGAUUGGGAUUUUGAUUUGACUAUUACUGUGUAUAGGUUGUUCUGUAAUGGUAAGUGUUAACUUGAAGUGCUACUCUGUUGUUGGUCGCAGCAUAAGAAUGACUUUCUGUAUUCUCAGUGGAUUGGGAUUUUGAUUUGACUAUUACUGUGUAUAGGUUGUUCUGUAAUGGUAAGUGUUAACUUGAAAUGCUACUCUGUUGUUGGUCGCAGCAUAUGGAUGACUUUCUGUAUUCUCAGUGGAUUGGGAUUUUGAUUUGACUAUUACUGUGUAUAGGUUGUUCUGUAAUGGUAAGUGUUAACUUGAAGUGCUACUCUGUUGUUGGUCGCAGCAUAAGAAUGACUUUCUGUAUUCUCAGUGGAUUGGGAUUUUGAUUUGACUAUUACUGUGUAUAGGUUGUUCUGUAAUGGUAAGUGUUAACUUGAAAUGCUACUCUGUUGUUGGUCGCAGCAUAUGGAUGACUUUCUGUAUUCUCAGUGGAUUGGGAUUUUGAUUUGACUAUUACUGUGUAUAGGUUGUUCUGUAAUGGUAAGUGUUAACUUGAAAUGCUACUCUGUUUUUGGAUGACGAAUGCGAUUUACUGCUUGUAUUUGAAUCACAGAAUAGGAUUUCUGUUUUAGAUAAUUAGUAUUAAUUAAAUUAGAAUAUAAUUUACAUAUUCUGAACUCCAUAUGAUGAAGGGACCGGCCUCAGUGGCGUCGUGGUUAGGCCAUCAGUCAACAGGCUGGCAGGUAUUGGUUCGGAUCUCAGUCGAGGCAUGGGAUUUUUAAUCCAGAUACCGACUCCGAACCCUGAGUGAGUGCU